AUGUCUGACAAGAACACUUCCACUCUCCAGUCGUACAUCGACUCUGCCUCUGGCGCCGCUCAGUCCGCUCUGGGCUCUCUCAUCGGCAGCAACGCCGACAAGACCGCUGGCGAGAACAAGAAGGCCGAAGCCGAUAUCAAGCACGACGCCUCGCACGCAGGAGCCAACAUCGGAGGCUACAGCGUCUCAGCUUCUGGUGUCGCCGAGAACGACCCCAACCGCAGCGCCGGCUCGUGGAACCAGACUCUGGGCUCCGGCAAGGAGACCCUCGGCAACCUCAUCGGCAACGAGUCUCUGAAGCAACAGGGUGCUCAGCAGAACGCAGAGGGCAAGGAGCAAGAGGCCAAGGGCCAGCUCUCAGACCUUGGCUCCGGUAUUGCCGACCGUGUCUCUGGCACCGUCGGCGGUGCUGUCGCUGGUGUUACUGGCAACCAGGCCGACAAGGCAAAGUACCAGGCCCAGCACGAUCAGGGAAAGACUCAGCAGCGUGGUGUUGAGGCUGAUCUGGACAAGCAGGCCAGAGCUUAA